AGACCAGCGGUUCGAAUCUGGGUCAUAGCAUUGCGAUCUGGCUAUAUCAUCGUGUCAGUCGGUGGCAAUGGCCUCGUUUGCUUCCUUGUAUUUACGGUUAAACAGCUACAAAUUCCAACGAACUAUUUCAUCCUGUCCCUGGCGCUGGCCGACUUCUUAUUCGCUGUUAUAUGUCUGCCUUUCCGCAUUGUCAAUGUGCUGCAGUAUUACCUGUGGACACUCGGCUUAGGUACCUGCAAAUUCUGGGUCUGGCUGGAUCUUGUCUUCUGUUCUGCCUCCAUCGCAAACCUAGCAGCUAUUAGCGUAGACCGCUAUUUAAAAAUCGCUUCCCCGCUAACCUACGACAUCCGAAUGACAUCAAGACGCGUCGUUUUUAUCCUAAUAACAUUAUGGGGAUAUUCUACGUCUCUGGCGUCGCUCUCAUUUGUGUCCGGCGACGCGUCGGGCAUUAUAGUACGGAACCAAAUGUGUUACAUCGACAACAAGAUCUUCCUGACAGUAAUUUCCGUCAUCGGAUUUUUUGCCCCCUUUGCCAUUAUGCUACUAAUGUACUGUUUUGUUUUUAAAGUGGCGGUUGGUCAAGCGAAGGAACUAUUUCGUUUGCAAGAGUCGCUUUACAACGGGAGUCAGCCGAAGGCGCGGCGAAAAUCUAGCCGAAUAUCACCAGGAACAAUUUUCNAGUGCCUCUCUCCACCCAGGUUUUUUGAACUUCGCCUCCGGCAGGAGUUUGAGACUAACAGACUGACUAGAAGGAGUUCCGCAGAGUUCAUAUCUGACGAAGCUCCGGUCGGACGAUCUGGUCUUAGAGAUAGCAGGCUGUUCCGUGUCUUCAGACUGUUGCAGGACGAGGGAAAAUAA